CAAGCUGGUAGUGGUAGCUCACGAAAGUAUUAGCCUGGAUAAGUAUAAUUAACGUGUGCCUCGUAGCCGCAUGUUGAAUUUGUGCCGACCACUAGAUUAUUUUUUAUUUCUCGGCUCAUUUUUUAUUAUGUUUACGCAAGGAGGAUCCCUAUCCAGAUUAGCAUGGAGCAGUUGUCGAAGGUCACAUCUACAGAUGGGAAACUUUACAUCAACCUCGUCUAGUGGAUUGCCAAGCUCUGCGUGUGCACAAUUUGUCAAGGAUGUAGUGUCUCAUAACUGCGUGGUCAUAUUCUCGAAGACCACUUGCCCAUACUGCAAAAUGGCCAAGAACGUAUUCAACGAAAUAGGCAUAACUUACAAAGUGAUUGAGCUGGAUGAGCACAACGACGGGAGAAGACUUCAGGAAGCCUUAGCUCAUAUGACGGGUGCCAGAACGGUGCCGAGGGUCUUUAUAAAUGGAAACUGUAUUGGGGGAGGAUCGGACACAAAACAGCUUCAUCAACAGGGAAAACUGAUGCCUCUGAUUGAACAGUGUGCUCCUUGCUGUGCAGGGACAAAUGUGGACGGCUCCGGCAGUGGCUUGUUUGAAUCAAGCAAAUGACUAACCGUUUUAAGUAUUGUUUCAUCCUGUAUUUAUUUGUCGGGAGUUGUCCAGACUCUUGUUUUAUGUAUUGUAUGUUGUGAAUGUGUAAUACGCAUCUUUUAAGCUACCUCUCCUUUCAGGAAUGUACAGUGACAAUAAAGAUCCUAUCUUUACAA